GUUGCUUAUUCUUAUGAGCUUGACAGUAGUCGCACCGGUUAGUUUUCUUUGCACAGGUGGCCGCGCGGUUGAGUGCUCAUCAUGGCACCACUUGGACUGAAAGCCAUUGUUGGAGAAAAGAUAAUGAACAAUGUCAUCAAGAAGGCAAGAGAAAAAGGAAAAUGGAAGGUGCUGGUGGUGGACAAGCUGAGCAUGAGGAUGAUUUCCUCCUGCUGUAAGAUGACAGACAUCAUGUCAGAGGGAAUCACCAUUGUAGAAGACGUAGGCAAGCCGCGUGAGCCUCUGCCCAGCAUGGAGGCCAUCUACCUGAUCACACCCUCAGAUGAGUCUGUUGAGGGUCUGAUUGAUGACUUCAGAGACCCGAAGUCUCCGAGGUACCGAGGAGCUCACGUCUUCUUUACCGACACAAUUCCAGACAUGUUGUUUGGACUGUUGACCAAAUCCCGCGCCUCCAAAGCCAUGAAGGCCUUGACUGAGAUCCACAUCGCCUUUCUGCCCUAUGAAUCUCAGGUCUUUUCCCUGGACAAGAUGGAUGCCUUUCAGGACUUCUACAGUCCCUUCAAGGCUGACGUGAAGAACAACAUGCUGGAGCGUUGUGCUGAGCAGAUUGCUACCCUCUGUGCCACACUCAAAGAGUAUCCUGGAGUCCGAUACAGAGGGGAGUACAAAGACUGUGCAGUUCUGGCUCAGAUGCUUCAGGAGAAGCUAGACGGCUACAAGGCUGAUGACCCUACCAUGGGAGAGGGUCCAGACAAGUCUCGUACUCAGCUGCUCAUUCUGGAUCGUGGCUUUGAUCCCGUGUCACCUCUCCUGCAUGAGCUCACACUGCAGGCAAUGGCCUACGACCUGCUGGGCAUCGAGAACGACGUCUACAGAUUUGAGACCAGUGGGAUGGGAGAAACGAGAAUGAAGGAGGUAUUGCUGGAUGAGGAUGAUGACCUGUGGCUGACUCUGAGACACAAACACAUUGCAGAAGUGUCAACGGCUGUGACUCGUUCUCUGAAAGACUUCUCUGCCAGCAAAAAGAUGAACACUGGAGAAAAGACCACCAUGAAGGAAUUGUCUCAGAUGCUGAAGAAGAUGCCUCAGUAUCAGAAAGAGCUCAGCAAGUAUUCAACCCAUCUCCACUUGGCAGAAGACUGCAUGAACCGCUACCAGGGCACUGUGGACAAACUCUGUCGUGUAGAACAGGAUCUGGCGAUGGGCAUAGAUGCAGAGGGAGAGAAGAUUAAGGAUCCCAUGAGGCUCAUUGUACCCGUUCUACUGGAUGCCACCGUCAGUGUGACUGACAAGAUCCGCAUUAUCCUGCUCUACAUCUUCCUUAAAAACGGUGUGACUGAGGAGAACCUGUGUAAGCUCCUUCAGCAUGCCAGCAUCCCACCAGAGGACAGUGACAUAAUUUCCAACAUGGCCCACAUGGGCAUUCCCAUUGUCUCUGAGGGCACCACCAAGAAAGCCAAGAAGCCCGAUCGUAAAGAGCGAAUCAGUGAGCAGACCUACCAGCUCUCUAGGUGGACUCCUCUUGUGAAAGAUCUCAUUGAGGACGCCAUCGAGGACAAACUUGACCCCAAGCAGUACCCGUAUAUUUCCCAGCGACAAGCAUCUGCCAAAGCCAGCGCUCCCUCAAGUGCUCGCUAUGGUAACUGGCACAAGAACAGGGGCCCCACAGAGAUGAAGACGGGGCCAAGGAUUAUCGUCUUUAUUAUUGGAGGGAUGACGUACAGCGAGAUGCGCUGUGUGUAUGAGGUCACCCAGGCCAAUGGCAAGUGGGAGGCCCUGAUUGGUUCCACCCACAUUCUCACCCCACCUAAAUACUUAAAGUACCUACAGCACCCAGACUUCCUGGACCCCAACGCCCCUCCAGAGGGCCCAGAGGAGCCGCCUGCAGAAUAAAAAGACAUUUAAUCAACUGAAAUCUUCACCCCUACUCGCCUUCUAAAAGCCCUCAAAGACUUGGGAGAAAGAAGAGCAGACCAGUUAAGAAGUUCCAGUGCUUUGCCUCAGCCCUCAGCAGUAACAAACUAUGACUUCUCCUUCUCCUUUACCCCCUGGUAUGACACAUCAAAUAUAGGCUAGAUGUUGUAUAUGAUUCAGUUGCUGUUUACUCAUAAACCAAACUCUUUUGACAUUUUUGAGUGAAUUGAUAUUGAUCAAAGUUUAUUAGACGAGAUUGGAUUUGUGUUGAAUGUUGUCUACUGUAUACUGUGGGACUUUUAUUUCUUUGGAAAAGUAAUGUAUGUGAAUUAGUUUAGAUGAUUGGAUACAAUUCAGUAUGCGCUAUAAAUGAAAACUGGUUACAGAGUAUACUGGGACAAUUAUUUCUCUGCUUCACAGUUAGAACAACAUUUUAUUUUUCAUUGAAGACACACAUUGAAGAUACACAACCUUCUCAUGACAGUUUUAUUUCAAGUAGUGCUUUCCUUACAGUAGCAACCAUGCCAUACUAGGUCUAUUAAACAUUAGAUUUUCAGUGAUGUGUCUGACCUUGGAAAUGCCUAUGUAAAGCCACUCUGAUAUUAUAUUCAGCUGUAGAUCAAGCAUUUUAAAGAUAAAUUAUACAGUAUAGUUGGAUUGUCUCUGUACACAGCAGUGUUUUUUGCAGUGUAUUUCUUUCUGUUCCAUGUGUUUGACCAUAAUGUUGUUAUUGGUUAUUGUUGUGUAGUGAUUCUCUGUAACUAGUAAUCCACUAUGUAUGAAGACAAAUGUCACUAUUAUAACAAGUAUGUGAUUGUAUGUCCACAUCCAUGAACAAUACUUGCUGCAGGAUUUGUGUUCGCUAAUAAAAUGGCUUUCAUUAAACUCUUUA